GAGAAUACAGCCUCACCUGGUGAUGAGAAUACCAUGAUGGACUUGAAUGCAUCGCUUGUCAACCACCAUAGUUUCAUUUUGACAGGUAUCCCAGGGAUGCCAGAUAAAAAUCCAUGGAUGGCCUUUCCCCUGGGAUUUCUCUACACACUGACUCUCCUGGGAAAUGGUACCAUCCUAGCUGUCAUCAAGACAGACCAGAGUCUCCAUGAGCCUAUGUACUACUUCCUUUCCAUCUUGGCUGUAACCGAUGUUAGUCUCUCCAUGUCCACCUUGCCUUCCAUGCUCAGAAUCUUCUGGUUUAAUGCCCCUGAGAUUUCCUUUGAUGCAUGCAUCACACAGAUGUUCUUCAUCCAUGGAUUUGGAGUGGUAGAAUCAGGAGUGUUAGUGUCCAUGGCCUUUGACAGAUUUGUGGCCAUCCGCGACCCGUUACACUAUGCUUCCAUUCUCACCCAUGGUAUCAUUGGCAAAAUCGGAAUAACUGUCCUCACCCGGGCAGUCUGUGUGGUCUUCCCUGUGCCCUUCCUUAUAAAGCGACUACCCUUUUGCAGUUCCAAUGUCUUGUCCCAUUCAUACUGUCUCCACCAAGAUGCAAUGCGGCUAGCCUGUGCCAGCACCCGCAUCAACAGCCUGUAUGGCCUCAUUAUAGUCAUCUUCACAUUGGGGCUGGAUGCCCUCAUCAUUCUCAUUUCUUACAUGCUCAUCCUGAAGACUGUACUGGGCAUUGCUUCCAAAGCUGAAAGGCUCAAAACACUCAAUACCUGUUUCUCUCACAUCUGUGCUGUGCUCCUCUUCUAUGUUCCCCUCAUUGGCAUUACCAUGAUCCACAGAUUUGGGAAGCAUUUAUCGCCAGUAGUACACAUGCUCAUGGCCAAUAUCUAUCUAUUACUCCCCCCUGUACUAAACCCUGUCGUAUACAGUGUGAAGACCAAACAGAUACGAAGGCGGAUCAUCUACAUCUUCCAGAGAAGAAAGAACAGGACCUAAGAAAAUGAAAUCAAAUGUGAGUUGCAGAAUAAUAGCAUUUUAAGCUGUUAUAAUGCAGUCAAAUUAUACACAUCUGGUAGAAUUCAAGGGUGGGCAAGUCAUGUGGGUAAAGAUAUAACACAGGUCAUUCUUGGUCUAUGUAUACUCCAUUUGGAGAUGUAUACAUUUUGAUAUCUGGAAUUACAUACAAAAUCUAAUCUAAUUACCAUCAUAAUUUUUCUUCUUUGAAACUGGAGAUGAGCAUAAAUCGUCACCUGUUUAUCUAGAUAAUGUUCAUGAAUAUUUAUUCACAUAAUGUUAAGUAAUAUUUUUCUUUAAUUAUCUAUUAAAAAUAAUUAAAUUAAUAUGGGUUAUAAAAGUCCUAUAUCACUGCUGAAGAGCAGCAUUUCUGAGAUAGCAUUAUUUUCCUUAAAAUAG